AGAUAAACGCGGAAGAGAUUCUGUUCGGACGCGGGAAAGGUGCCGAGAUGCCGUGGUGUGCCGGAACCAAUCGCAAUUUUAUCACACUAGUGAAGCCAGUGGAGGUGCAGUGCCGGGUAUAUCGUCCUGUUCCUUCCGCACGACCACUUCUCUCACUUCCGCGCCGUCAUGCACAUCUUCUCCCAGUCUUUCAAAUAUGAUCACUCAUGGUCUCACGUCGUCAUCGGAAUGUGGCAUAAAUACCCGAACCCACAUUGUACUCACGUCGUAAACGUCGAUGUCCUCGAUCGUACGAUUGAUCCAAUAACUGGAAUAAUACGGACGGAGCGUGUUCUUGGGUGCAAGCAAAAGGCUCCUUCGUGGAUAGUCAAGCUCUUUGGUGGUUCAGAGGAUGCCUUUGUUCGUGAGAUAUCCUUCAUAGAUCCCGCGACGCAAACUGCAACAAUAACAUCCGUCAACCUCUCGCUGUCUCAGUUCGCUACUUGCUAUGAGCGAAUACAGUAUAGACCAAUGUCCUCCACGCAGACAUCAUUUACGCAGACAGCAGAGAUACAGGUGCGGAUGGCCAUGUGGAGGAGUAUGACAGACAAGUUUGAGGAUUGGUUGGUUCAGCGCUUCGAGCAGAACGCUAUUUCAGGUAAAGCUGGAUUCUCGGACGUGCUCAGAACAAUGUGGGAGGCCAAGGAACAGCAGACUGCACCAUCAUAGAGCAGGGAUAUCCGGUCUGUUUCUUUCUUUCACUUGCACUUUUAGCAUGUUAGAUGCGUCCCAUGGAACCUCUCUAGAUCACAUUCAAAACGUCUGCUACUUGGACGACUUAUGUUUAUUUUACGACAAGGAUUCCCCUUCGGUCGGCUCUACGACAAUAU